AUGCCGGCGACAAACCUCUCAUCCAGUCUGGUGGUCCCUGAGAAACCUGUCAGCCUGACUUACCGAUGCCCCUGUCGAUUCUACGAGAGCAACGUGGCAAGAGCCAACAUCAAGCACCUCAAAAUCCUCUCAACACCCAACUGCUCACUUCAGAUUGUUGCAAGGCUCAAGAGCAACAGCAAGCAAGUGUGCAUUGAUCCCAAGUUAAAGUGGAUCCAGGAGUAUCUGGAAAAAGCUUUAAACAAACCACGUCAUCGCACUCAUAAAAAAAAGCAACAGAAGAAACGGGGCCCACUCUGCCCUUCCCGUGCAACACCACUAAAGUCUCCAGGGAGAAAGAAUGGAGGUUCAAGAUGUAAGAGGCAAGCAUUGUAAGCCGUCUACAGGAUUUCUUACUGUAGGACCCAGAGAGCAGAUAACCAGUAUUAGGGAAUGAAUACAUUUCACUAUUACCGUGCAGCACAAAAGCAACGCUUCAUACAUUUCCAAAGGUUUUUUAUGUUUGGGUUUGGGUUUUUUUGUGGGUUGGGUUUGUUUUUUUUUUUUUGCACAAAUUGGCUUGCUUUCACAGUGCUAUUUUUAUAUAGUAAGAUGUAACUAUUUGAGAAAAAGAUGUUUUUAUACAUAAAAAUAAACAUAUUUUUAUGAAAAAAUAUGUUUAUUACCUGGCACUGAGGGCAGAUAUGAAUUUAAACUAACCCUAUGUUAUUACAUAAUAUUUUAUUUCCUUUGCUAUGUAGAGGUCCUGCUUUAUUUAACUUUCUUUUGGUUCAUGCAAGUCUGGAGUUUUAAACCUAGAAGGACAUGAACUGUACAGUGCAAUGAUGUUGUGUAAGUAGUGGAGGAACUCAUUGCUUCCAGAAGUCACCAAGGCAAAGAACAUAGGAAGGCUAAAAGGCAUCAGACAUUGAUGAAAGUGGACAACAUUACCAUGGGUGGCAUUUAUAGGUAUUUUGGGUGAGAGAUUAAACUCGGGGCUACAGGGCUAAAGCCCUUCUCUGAAGAUUAGAGACCUUGGUGACAGCUAUGAGCAACUGGGUCAAUGUACAUUUGGUGUAUUACAAGGUGCUAGUACUUGAUUUGUAGUAGUUAUAUUAGGAGCCACAACACUGAUCUGAUGUCACCUGUCAUUUCCUAUGUUCUUGUGCUUCUGAUGACAAAUUCUAGCACAAAAAAGAAUGGUUUAUUAAAGGUCUCACCACAAGAUCAUGUUGCAAGUUGGAGGAGUCAGAUAUGCUGCCAUGCACCAGGUGUCUCUUCCCACCCAGACACAGGAGGUGGCUUCAGCUCGCCUGGCUAAUUUUGCACUGAAGUAGGCAGAGAUGCAUUCACGUGACCUUUCACCAAGGAAGCUGUGGCCUCGACUAUUGAACAGUCACAUGUACCUGAGAGCAGUACCAUCUUUGAUUGCUCCAGAGAUACCUAGAAGAGGAUGUCUGGCCAUAUCUUUGGAGAAGAGAUGCCUGGGGCAAGAGAGGGUCUGACCAAUUUGUGGAAGGAGUGGUGUAUCUUGGGUGUGAAAAUGAAGGCUAGUGCUCAUUGUUCACCAAUGGUCGUGGCCCUGUUUGCUGGUGAACAGGAUAGCCUCUGUAAUUUCCUUUGCAAAGUACACCCAGGGACAGGUACCACAUGUUGCACCAAUCCCCUCAGUCAGAAAUGUUUUUCUCCCAAUUCUUACCUAUAUACACGAUAUCUUUGCUAUAUAGUGUAUUGAAAAACACCUGCAGUACUGCAAUAAUGUUUUACUGUGCACUGGGAUCUGGGCAGAAGCAAAUUUGUGCAGCACAGUGCUUGUGUUUGUAUGUAUCUGUGUGUAUUGUAAACAAAAAAAUCUAAGAUUGUGGGGGUUGAUUUUGAGCCGGUUGCUUCGGAAGAAAUCUUCUUUAUUCCCUGCAGCCUGUGUUGGGAAUACUGAGGGGGGUGUUUCACUAAGCUCUCCUUUUUGUGGCAGGCAUCUUUAGUGCCAAAGAGAUGCUUUGGCUAGCCAGGGACUGCCUUAUUUCCAUGUGGAUUCAGGUAAAAAUCUUGUAUUUUCCUCUCUGUGAAACAGUGCUAUUACGGAGAGUGCUUCAGCUGGGACCACAUCACCUCAUUUGCUCUAAAGUAGAAAUCAACUGCUGUGCCUAAAAUGUAUGUCUGUGUGAUUUUUACAUUCCUUCUAUUGUUAUCAUUGCCAGUGUGGUGAUUUUAAGUAUAUUGUGUCUCUUUUUUGAAAGGUCUGAUACCACUGUACUUGAUGAGAAUUGGGUAUUGAUUUAGCGUGAGAAAGGUCAGAUCCUCUGUAAGACACUGUAAGUGUAAAGACAGACAGAACUUUUAUGAGAAAAUUAGUUUCUUAUAUCUUCCCCAGACUGUACUUUAUAUCCUAGGGUCCAUCUCCUGUCCCCAUACAUGCACCUGCAAUUGCUAGUAGUUUGUCAGAGGCAGACAUGUGAGUGUCAAAGCCAAGAAUGUCUGUCUUUGGACAAAAUGUCGAAUCUUGGUUCUGAUACAGACCUGGAGCUUGUCCUUCUCAUGCAGGAAGGUGCAUUCUUCACACAUGCUUCCCAUCAAAGGACAGCUUCAGGUCUGAUCGAUUUCUAUUGGAGUAAACAGAUAAUUAAAUAUUCCUCUGAUUUUGAUUCAGCAGCAUACCUUGCUAAUGAUGAUAGGGGCCAUGAAGAUUUUGUUUCUAGCGGAAAUAUUUUCUCUCCAGUGAAAAGAUAGGGUAGGUAGAUGUGACUACAGCCUUGCCAGCGCUCUGCUGCAGUCCUUGUUAACAGGGAGUGAAUCUGCAGUCAGCACCAGCAGGGAAAGGUGUCUGGGGACAUGCCAACCUCCUCACAUUACAGCCUGGGAAAACAGACCACUUUGACAGAGGCACUGAGAUGGGCAGUGCUGGAGCACCCCAGCCAAACCCUGGGGUCCUAGCUCUGGACAGUACAGCCAGGUGCCAGAGUUACUGCAGGAAAUGGGGUUACCUGUUAACCUUCUCUUCUGGGGGCACACUAGUGAGUGUUGCAAGGGUAGACUGUGCUAAAGGAAGGGCUUUUUGCUCCUGGGAGAAAUGCAUGAGUAGCAGUGGGAAGGAAAGGGACUCCCUGCAAGGCUAGGGAACAUUGACAGUCAGGUGGUGGUUGUCUGUGUGCCUGUGGGCUGUCUGCCCCUGGCAUUCCUUGAGACUCACACUGUGACCUGGGCCCUGACAUCGCUGCGCUGGUGACAAUUCACUACUUGUGUAGCUGAGACCACUCAGGGCAUGGGGCUGAUCUUGGGCACCAACACCCUCCCUCACCUGGGCAAGGUUGAACACAGCAUGAAUACAGGGGUGGCACAGACCCGGCCAGGAUUAACUGAAUAAUGUAACCAAGUAAAUUAAGUGAGAACCUGAUAAAAGCUUUCUCCCGCUUUAAACCAAAAUUCAACCUUGAGCAGGAAGCUUUGCUUCUUGCAUGACACAUUGGAAAGAGCAUCCAUGCCCUUCACACUAGAGAAGUCAAUUACUCGGCUGCCCCAACUUCCCUGUGCUACCCUGUGCAUCACAUGCUGUUCCUCUCCUGUGCACACCAUAGUCUCAGGCUGAGAAGCAGCACUAGCAGAAACCUGCUCUGGGAGAACACUUCAUUUUCCUUUCUGCCUGUAACUGUUGACCAAAGACUGAAUCAGGGAACGGAAGCAUGGGGAGAUAGGAGUGAUGUAGGGACCACACAUCAAGAGGAGGGGAAAGAGAACACUGAACUGGUGCUGAAAAAGCAGCUUCCGUAAAUGUGAAAUCAUCACGUGGUAUUUUCAAUGUGCAGCUGGCAAAUCCUAAGGUUGAAUAUUUUUUUUUAAAGAAUAGAUGGUAUUUAUUGCUGUGCCAAUUUUUAUUUAUACUAGCUUUAUACUUGUAUGUAUGAAUAUCUUAUCUGAAUUCUGCCUGAGGAAGGAUGAAAGGUGACUUUCUGAUGUGUUUUUAACUAAGGUGUUUGAGCAAAGGUGACUGUUCAUUUUGCAAUGAAGGCUAUAUUGGAAGUUAAAUAUAAACAUUUCGUUGAAAAUGCAGUUCCUAUAGAAGUUUUUGUUGCUAUUUCCCCUUCAUUAGCAUCUAGAGGGUUCUUCUUUUCUCUGGCAACUUGUUUUGAGUGCUGUGAUUUAUAGUAGCCAGAGGUUUCUGAGAAGUCACCUAAAAUCUGGCUUUUUUUCUUUACCAACAUCCCACCAAGACAAGCCUUGUCUGCAAACAUGAAACUGGUGGCCACAGAGAAGAAAACAUGUAUCAUGAUGAAAGGGCUGCAUGAACCUCCUGUCUUCCAAUUCUUAAGAACUCAGUGUUGUCAGAUUGUGGUAAAUACUGUACUUUAUAUUUUUAUUAAGUAAAAAGAAAUAUCUUCCCAAAUAAUGUGAAAAGGGUUUUGUAUUUGUGUUCCUGUAAGGCAGCUUUUUUGGAGGAGUUAUAUUAUGCUUUUGAAAUUACUCCUUUCAUAUUUUUAAAAUAAACCCUUUUAUAUUGUUGUAAUUUCUCCCAUAAAUGUGUAUGUACUUAAAAUUUUCUUAAUAAAAAU